AUGAGAGUGUGUGGGAGUUUAAUUGUGAAAGGGUCCAACAGGAAGUGGUGUAUUGAGGCGGGGGGUGACAGCGGUGGUCGGCGGCUCUCACAGGAUCGAGUCUCCCGGGAACUCAGCAUCUCGACGCCGCCUCCUGCUCCUCCUGUCCCCGCUGGUCACUGCUCACUGCUCCCGGUGCUGGAGCCUCGCAGCCCGGUCCCUCUCCACGGAUCCAGCCCCUCUCUCCCCCCGGUACCCGGUACCCGGUACCCGCUUCGGGAGGAGGAAGGAACCACACAUUUAGAUUCAGGCAGCGUGAGGAGCUCGGUGCCCGGAGCGAGGAGCGAGGAGAAGCCGCUCGGUGCCCGGAGCGAGGAGCAGCAGCAGCGGCAGCAUCGAGCCCGAAGGACCGGUCCACAGCGAGGUGAGGCUUCUAGAAACAUCCUAGCUUCUGUGCUGUGUGUGAGUGUGUCCCACGCGUCUGAUAUCGUGGGUUCUCCCGUGGCUCAGAGUCCCCGGCAGGAGGUCGUCCCCACCCGGGUGACCAGCCACUGGUGGUCGUCACAAAGAGGCAGAGGAGGAAGUGGGCUGGGGACAGUGGCAGGCUCGGGGGUGGGGACAUGGCCAUGGGGGGGCCGCAUCCCGUCCUCCACUCUGCAGCGGGACAGGCGCUGGGGCUGGGGGGCCUGGGGCGGGGGGCUGUCCCGGGGAGGGCCCAGACUCUCCGAGCUCCGGCCGUGGCUGAGCCGAGGGGUGGCCGGGGCAGCAGGAGGUGCAGGUAGCCCCGGAGGAGGAGGAGCAGUGGAGAAAGGAGGCAGGGUGAGAUGCUCCCGAAGAAUCUGUGUUCUCUUCGGCUCGCUGGCUCUCGUCUUCCUCACCUCGCUCUUCUUCUCCAUCUCCCUCCGGGGGGGCGUCAGCUUCAACUACCUGGAGCAGCCCGGGUGGGAGGAGUCGAGGCGGGUGAAGCUGGUGCCCAGCUACGCGGGCGCACAGCGCCUGGCAGCACCUGACGCUCCGCAGCAGAAGACAUGUGCCUGCUCACGCUGUGUCGGAGACCCUGGCGUCUCGGAUUGGUUCGAUGAGAACUUCGACCCGGACAUCUCACCGGUUUGGACCAGAGACAACAUCGAGCUGCUGUCGGAUGUCUACUACUGGUGGGUGAUGUUACAGCCCCAGUUUAAACCACACAGUCUCCAGCAGGUGCUGCUGAGGCUGUUCCAGGUGAUUCCCGGAAGGUCUCCGUACGGCUCGUGGGAUCCAGCACGCUGCCUACGCUGUGCGGUGGUGGGUAACUCCGGAAACCUCCGCGGCGCCGGGUAUGGUCCCACUAUAGACGGACACGACCACAUCAUGAGGAUAAACCUGGCCCCCACAGUGGGCUACGAGGAGGACGCAGGCAGCCGCACCACCCAUCACUUCAUGUACCCGGAGAGCGCCAAGAACCUGGCUGCCAACGUCAGCUUCGUGCUGGUCCCCUUCAAAACUCUGGAUCUUGUGUGGAUCACCAGCGCUCUGUCCACCGGCCAGAUUCGAUUUACUUAUGCUCCAGUGAAGCAGUUCCUUCGCGUAGAUAAAGACAAGGUCCAGGUCUUCAACCCAGCGUUCUUUAAAUACAUCCACGACCACUGGACCCGGCAUCAUGGACGCUACCCGUCCACUGGCAUGCUCGUGCUGUUCUUUGCCCUUCACGUCUGUGACGAGGUGAAUGUGUUCGGUUUCGGGGCCGACAGCCGGGGGAACUGGCACCACUACUGGGAGCAGAACCGCUACUCCGGAGAGUUCAGGAAGACGGGCGUCCACGAUGCCGACUACGAAGCCCAGAUCAUUCAGCAGCUGGCCAAGGCCGAAAAAAUCACUGUGUUCCCCGGGAAAUAA